GUCACUUAUUUUUUGACUUGUGACUAGAAACUAGUGUGUUAUAAGAAGAUUUUUAAUUAUGCUGUUUGAGUUUGGAUCACUAAGGGUCUAACAAGCGAAGGUUUCAAAUAUCAACAGCAUUGCUCGAAAAGGAGAAAGACGUUUCGUGGGGUACAUGGAUUUUUAAUUCAGCCUAUUAUCCUCUAAUCAGUACAUAUUACAGCUUGAGUCACAGACGAGGAUGUCUCAAACAAUUUCCCAAGAUUGUUUAACUCGCUCGAGAGCAGAAAUUUCGUUGGAGGUAACCUUCGCUAUUCUGGUGUGUCUCGCUUCCAUACUUGGUAAUGUGCUGGUUAUUUAUGUUAUAAAAAGAUACUCCGAGCUUCAAACUACUACCAACAUUUUUAUACACAAUCUUGCACUGACUGAUGUGUUCAUGGCGACCCUUAACAUGCCUUUCUGGAUAACGAGUUUGUACACGAGAAAGUGGAAUUUGAGCCAGGAAUGGUGUGAAGUUUCUGCAUCAUUACAACACACAAUGGGUUCGUCCUCCUUGUUCAUUAUGGGCUUAAUUGCCAUGAAUAGAUACAUGAAAGUCGUCAAGGGAACUUUGUACAUCAAGUUCUUUCCCAGUAAAAAAGUUGCUUGGGUGUACUGCGGUGUCGUCUGGCUGACUUCUAUGUUAUUUGCCACACCUCCGUUGUACGGAUGGGGAAAAAUGAACUUCAACUCAGAUUUUUUGUUUUGCUCAUUCGACUUGAAGGACGGACACUUUUCUUUUUUCAUUCUGCAUGUAGGAAUCUUCAACGUUACAGCGUUAACAAUAUUUUACUCCUAUUGGAAAAUUUACCAGAAGGUGAAAGAAAGCACAGAUAAUGUCAACGCCCAUGUCGUACAAAAUAGCAUCGGCGCACCAAGGCUCCAUCGUACUGACAUCGAUAUUUUGAAGAGUUGUUUCAUAGUGGUUUGUUUCUAUUUAAUUACAUGGUUUCCUUUCGCCUUAUGCGCUAGUACAAUUGCUGUUGGAGGCUACAUUCCCCACGAAGUGACUGAGGUAUCUGUGUAUUUGUUGUUCUCCAGUAGUCUUGUAAAUCCAAUCAUCUAUGGGAUAAUUAAUCCGCAGUUUAAAAAGGCCUUCAAAAAGGCAUUCAGUCGUGGUCGUUAUGACAACGAUAAUGAAGAUCAGAGUCAUGAAAGAGUUGCAGCUGUUAUGAUACAUCCUAAUAGCAACGAAAUUCGAUGACUUAUGGCGUGAAGAUCUAUCAUUUAAAGCCUUAGUACAAUACUUUUUCCCAGAGAGAUCGGUUGAUACCGGCUUCGUUCUGUUUUUGAAAUUUUUCACAACCUUCUCUUAUUCAACAGAGAUGGAAUCGUAGUGAACACAUCAGGCUUACAACUUUUUCUUUCAGAUUGAAGUCUGUUUUUUUUCAUUUUCCUAUUUUAUUUUGUAAAUGCCAGUUUCUGACAUUGGUUAUCCUGUGUAAUCGGACCAGUCCGUCCGAGCAUUUAGGUCACGUGAUUUUACCGAGGUUCAUUCCGGCUCGGUUAAACCUCGGCGCUGAGCGUUUUCUUUCGUCUCGUUCAUAUUUCGCUUGUAUACGGAUGAGGAACCAGUUACUGGACUGUCAUUUGUCAAGGAAAUUACGGAGAAACUAAAGGAUUAAACAUUGUGUACACUCGUGAAUUAACGGUUACGGUAACACGAUUUUUGCAUUGUAAACCACCGGACAUUGUCGAGCAUUUCGCUGAUCUAGAGGAAUAAAGAAUGAAUUUUACGGCUGAUACAUAUCUCUUUAAUCUUGCUUUGGGCGUUUCAUUCUCUCCGU